AUGGCAAACAGCGUACAAACAAUAGGUCACAAGCUCGGAAGGUCAGAGACAAGGAAAUAUUCUACCCAUCCAGACAAUCCUGAAAUAAAAGUAUCUCUCUGUCCUUGCAAUGAUCCUUUUGUAAACCUGGAAAGGCUAAAUUCGUUUGAAUAUGAGUGGACAAGGAAAGAAAGAAGUACGCGACCUGAAUAUAAACUACAAAGAUUGCUGGGAUUGAGGGACGUACUUAAUCAUCUCCUGAUGCCAAGAGGACACUUCCCAGAUUACUUGGAAGCAGACAAAGAAACUCGAUUUGCUGUUAUAGGUUUCUUGACAUUUAAGGAUGCCUUUCAAUUAUACUCUUCGCAAAUAUUAUUUGAACAAGUUGAUGAAA